GGUCAGAGACUGCAGGCAUACUACAGGAGAUGGUCAGAGAUUGCAGACAUGCUACAGGAGACAGUCAGAAACUGCAGACAUACUACAGGAGACAGCCAGAGACUGUGGACAUACUACAGGAGAUGGUCAGAGACUGCAGAUAUACUACAGGAGAUGGUCUGAGACUGCAGACAUACUACAGGAGACAGCCAGGGACUGUGGACAUACUACAGGAGAUGGUCAGAGACUGCAGACAUACUACAGGAGAUGGUCAGAGACUGCAUACAUACUACAGGAGAUGGUCAGAGAAUGCAUACAUACUACAGGAGACAGCCAGAGAC